AAUCUUCACAUAUUAACAGAUUUAUAUUCACUGAUAAUUGUGAUUUCAAUGUUGAAUCAUUGAUCAAGAACUUGAAGAAUGUGAUAAUGAAGAAAUUGUCUGUGUUAUAUAUAACUGAGUUUUCUAUGUCUCUCUCUGCUUUCUCUAUUUCUUUCUCUGUCACUUUCUCUCAAUCUUCUAUAUCUGCCUCUGUGUCUGAUUCUCCCGCUCUCACUACCUCUAUUUCUGCAACCUCUACUUCUGCUACUUCUGCUCUCACUGCUGUCUUUAUUACUAGCUCUCCCUGUUUCAAGAAGAUAUUGCAUAGACUCAGUGAAUCAUGUUUCUCAAGAAUUAUCUUCUUCUUUAACAGUGUUAAGAUUAUAA